UACGUGGGCGAUGUCUCCUUAGCCAGUUCCAUCAAUUAUUGAUAGAUACCUCCGCACUUUACUGCCUUUAUAAUUUCCAGUCCUCCGUUGAAGACGACGACAAAGCUAAUCCGGACACCGCAUCCUCCAGUCCAUUUGGGUCGCCGGCCCUCGCUGAUUCCUUCUGGAUUUUCGGACAUCAAAAUUUUGUUGGAUGGCGUUUCCGUAAUUUCGGAUGCUGCCAGCAUAAAUUAAGAACCCUGCUUCCGCCACACUCUCCGCCUCAGUUCUCAGAACUCACGAAGAGCGUCAGAGCGAGCGAUAGACCAGGUGCCGAUGGGAAACGUGGAAACGGUGCGAACGUCUUCAUCUCGCCGUGAGGUUGGAUCGGGAAACCGCCUGAACAGCAUCGGUUGCAUGUCCGGCAUCUUCCAUUUCCUCUCCCGUCAACACAACCGAUCUCGCAGACGCAUCGCCUCCGGUAGCAACCCUAUUAAAAGGAAGGAGAACCCCGGCGCUCCGCCUCCGAGGAGACCGACGACGCCUCCGCCGCCGGAGGCCGCGGUCGAAGGCGCCAAGAAAAUGCGGCACUCCAGCGAGUCGCCGAGGAGUCCGGCGAUCCCGCAGGAGAUCAGGAGAAGAAAGCCGGCGCCCGCGUCGCCGGACAGCCCCCGUACCCCUCCGGCGCUGGUGGCGCGGCUAAUGGGUCUCAACGAGCCGCCGCCGCCGCCGCCGGCGGUGGCCGCGGACAAGCGGAGGGAGUUGCUGCGGGCGCUGGAGAAGUGCGACGAGGACCUCCAGGCGCUGACGCGGAUCAUCGAGGCGAUCCGAUCGGCGGAGACCCAGGCGGACGCGGUCGUCUCCACUCCCGGGAAGACGGCGGAGCGGCUGCUGGAGAUCGAGACAAGCGCCGGGGACGCGAAGAGCGAGUGUAACGGGGAGCAGCCGAGCCCCGUGUCGGUGCUUGACGCGAUAUCGUCGCCUCGGUAUCGGUCCCGGUCGCGGUCGCAACGUUCCCAAGAGGAUGACGAAGGAAGCCCGGCCGACGAAUCUCGGAUCGUGAAGCCCUCCCGCAUGGCCGUUUUUCAUGCGGGUAAGUCUAUUAAUGCGAUCAGUAGUACAGAAGAUGUCGACAAUCAUAAGAAGGCGCAGGAGGCCACACGACGCCGGAACAUAAUGGAGCCAAUGCCGAGCGGUCAGGCCACGGCGGAGGACUUUGGCGGUCGGCCGUCGUGGUGGCGAGCGGGGAGGAGGUGUGCUAGCCGGGCUAUGGAGGAGAGCGUGGAUGAGGUGUGGGAGGAGGGGGCGGAGAAAGAGAAGUGGGAGCUGGGUCGGGUGAGGGCUUGUUUGGAGUCUCACUUGCUGGGGGAGUUGGUGGAGGAGCUCGUAGUGGACCUCCUCGGCUUGUGUUGUAAGCUGUCGUCGUCGCCUAAUUGCCGGAAGAGGCUUCGCUUCUAGUUCUGGAAUUGUAGUUGGAUACUCGAUCGAUCGCAUGGAAGCUCUGUGGCCUGGGUUGGAAUUUAGUCACUCGUCCACUGAAAACUUUUGAACGAGAAACCAUGUAAUAAAAAACCAAACCAGUGCGUCCAAAUUGGCAUAACUUUAGCCUUUGUUCCCCCCAAAAACACUGAAAAAGAAGCGUCACUUUUGCUUUUUUGUACUGUAAUGAAUAGGGUGUGUAAGGACUGAUGUUGCAAUAAUCUUCAUUCUUCAGUGGAUGGGUUUGAGGCAA